UAUGUGAACGAUAUUUUCAGAUUUAUGUUAUUUUUCUUUUUUUCUAUUCAAUAAUAGGCAUGUUCCAUAUCGUUUCUUUUUUGGAAACAAAUGAGGUGGAAGUGGUGCCCAGCUGUUGGGUAGAUGGUGACCAAUGUGUCUGGCCACGCCUAAGAGGGGAGAGCCUCACAAAGGCUGUGAAACUUGCAACGAAACCCAAGAAAGAGUGGAAAAUCUUUCAAGUAAAGGUUCUCUACACAACAGACAACUAUGAUGAUGCCAGGAAAAAGCUCCCUGAAGCAGAACUCUUCUCUGACAUUCAAUCUGAUACAGAGAGUGGGGCUAAAAAACCCAGACGAAUUAUUUUUGCUAAGAGAGAUAUUGACAAAACAAGAAAUGCUUCUAGACCAGCAAAAUACAAUAAUGAGAAUCCUACAGUCAACACAUCGCCCAAGGUCUGAUGUCCAUGAUGGGGCCAAGUUCAGAGAUCGUCUUCCUAUCAAAAAUGUUGAGUCUCUCCAGUGCCUGGAGGCUGAGCUGAAGAUGAAUCCUGAUGCUAAAUCAGAAUUGACUACCUUUCUGGGUCUGGUUGGUGGCUUUGACCUCAAAGACACCGUGUGGAGAGUGCUGAAAGCCACUUUUACAACUGCUGUUGCACGUGUUAUGAAUUGGAGAGGAGUUAAUGGGAAGAUUGGUGUCCACAGCCUGGUCUUAAAGGAAGUUGUCAUUGGUGCAGUCAGGCAAAACCCCCUCACUGGAAAAGCAUCAAAUAAAGACAUUGAAUUUAACAUCAUUAAAUGGUUGCACCUUGCUGGAGACCGAGAGGGGGGGAGAAGGGAGCGAUUGAAGAAGCGUGAGGCCCAACAACACAUUGCCGACCCUCAUUAGAGACGUUCCUGUAAAUCAACACACAUUUCAGCUUACCUUUCAAGUUCCUUUAAAUUGACCAAUUUCUCUCUGUACAAGUUACUUUUAUUUAUUUAUUUUUCUGUUUUUUUCACUCUCAGAGAUAAAAAAGCAUUAGUCUAAGACUCUUUGAAUGUUAUUUAUAUUAUUAAUAUUUAUUCUUAAUGUUUUCAACUGAAAUCCACUUAUAUUAUUAAGCACAACUGAGUAGAUGUUAGUAGCUGUUGUCUUAAAUAACUAUUGUAGUAGCUGUUUUCUUAAAGCAUUAGUAUAAGACUCUUGAAUGUUAUUUAUAUUAUUAAUAUUUAUUCUUAAUGUUUUCAACUGAAAUCCACUUAAAUUAUUAAGCACAACUGAGUAGAUGUUAGUAGCUGUUGUCUUAAAUAACUAUUGUAGUAGCUGUUUUCUUAAAGCAUUAGAGUAAGACUCUUGAAUGUUAUUUAUAUUAUUAAUAUUUAUUCUUAAUGUUUUGUCUAAGACUCUUUGAAUGUUAUUUAUAUUAUAUUAAUAUUUAUUCUUAAUUCAAUUUAUUCCACUUAAAUUAUUAAGCACAAUUGAGUAUCUGUUGUUAGUAGCUGUUGUCUUAAAUGUUAUAUUUAUUCUUUA